AUGGAUUGUUGUUGUUGUUGGCCCAGUGGUAACAUUUGCUUGUUUUUCGAUCUUUGGGUUCUUAUCCAUUUUCUUCACAUUUACUGUCUUGAUCUUCUCAACUGUCUUCUCCUAUUAUCCAAGAACAAGCCGAAGUUGGCGGUGGAAUCAGUCGAAGAGGAUAAUAUUCAUGAAUCUGUGGAGCAAAGCUCGCCUCAAAUGGAAGAUACUUCGGCAUCAAGACAACAGCCUGAAACUGAAAUUAAUAAGGAAAGCGGUUCCUAUGAUAAUCAGAUCCAUGACUACAUAGUCAAAUCACCGGAUGUCUUUUCUGAAAACGAAUGUUUUGAUUAUCAGUUAUCAACCACUGAAGAUUCCGAAGUGGAGUGGCCAUUUCGGAGCAACAUGGAUCGAACGCCGGAUUGGUCGGACGAAGGAUCGAUAUCCGACGAGGAUAGUCUCAUUGAAAUCUCACUUCCUGGAGGACAUUACGUUAAGCACAAAGAAGAUGAGCCAAAUAAUUACAAUACUAUGCAUCAGAAAUUUCCGGAACCCAUUUUCCAGCAACGGAGCUUAAUGGAGCUUCUAGCAGAGUUGAACGACAUGAAUGAAGAGGAAAACCUGAUAGAGAUCGACAUAUCCAUGGGAUCCAUCAAGUGCUCAAGGUUUGAGAUUGAAGCUUAAUUAAGAUGAUAAUAUUUUACAUUUCUAUCUCCAAAUGUUCCUACUUCUUUUCUUUUUUGAUCCAUCUGGAUUUGGUGUAACUUUGUUUUACGAGUUUAG